UUCCUGUCUGACCCGGAAACGCUUAGAACGCCACAGACGCGGCCAGUUAGCUUAUCCUGGUUUAGCCUUUUCGCUUUAUUUUGUUAAUCAAAUAAAGGAAUGAAAUAUUGUUCUGUUUGAAUUUGAUCCGAGUCAAAGCGCAAAGACACUCACUGUAAAGUAUUCAUGGUUUAUCGGUUUUCUCGGUGUUAAACAGGAGAUCAUGGAGAAAGAUGUGAAGGCAGGCAUGCCCUCCGGCGCGGAGGCGGCGGCCGGACCACUGGUGUCCCAGAGCCGGUCCGAGGACGAGGAGUCCACCGCGGUGAAGAGGACGGCCGCUCAGGCCUUCAGCGGAGCCGGGCUGAUUCCCAAACGCAGGAGCUCCUCCAGGUCGAUAAAGAGAAAGAAGUUUGAUGAUGAACUGGUCGAGAGCAGCCUUGCGAAGUCUACCAGUCGGGUCAAAGGUCAGCCAGUCAUCGAGCCGAUCAGGUGCCCUGGGAAUGACCUGGCAUCUGGUGACAAGAAGAAGGGUUUAAAGUCCGGCAGCGCCCUUACUCCUCCUCUUACGAUGGUGAUCGCGCCUUCGUCGAUGACUAAAAGAAUGAAGAAGAACAAGCAGCCUUUGCAGAUCACCAAAGACCUGGGCCGCUGGAAACCGACCGACGACCUGCUGCUCAUCAAUGCUGUAUUACAGACCACGGAUCUGACGUCGGUUCACCUGGGAGUGAAAUUCAGCUGCCGCUUCACGCUGCGGGAGAUUCAGGAGCGCUGGUACGCUCUGCUGUACGACCCUGUCAUAUCAAAGUUGGCGUGGCAGGCCAUGAGACAGCUGCAUCCAGAGGCUAUCGCCGCUAUUCAGAGUAAAGCUCUCUUCAGUCAGACGGAGGAAGCCCUGCUCGCCAAGAUUACCUCGAGCAGUCAGCCUAAGCUGGAGGUGUUUCAAGAUUUGCUCAACAAGCACCCGAACGUGUUUUACCCGUCACGCACCGCUAAGAAUCUGAUGGUGCACUGGCAGCUGCUCAAGCAGUACUAUCUGCUGGAGGAUCAGAGCGUUCAACCGCUGCCUAAAGGAGAGCAAGUGCUGAACUUCUCCGAUGCCGAGCAGGUGGUCGAUGAUGCCAAACUCAAGGACAGCAGAGAUGAAGUCUUGGAGCACGAGCUGAUGAUCGCAGACAGACAUCAGAAGCGGGAGAUCAGACAGCUGGAGCAGGAACUUCCUCGCUGGCAGGUGUUAGUGGACAGCAUCACCGGCAUCAAUUCGCCAGACUUUGACAAUCAGACUCUGGCAGCCUUACGUGGACGGAUGGUCAGAUAUCUGAUGAGGUCUAGAGAGAUCACACUGGGACGCGCCACUAAAGACAAGCAGAUCGACGUGGAUUUGUCUUUGGAGGGACCUGCGUGGAAGAUCUCCAGAAAGCAAGGGAUCAUUAAACUGAAAAAUAAUGGAGACUUCUUCAUCGCUAAUGAAGGCCGAAGACCCAUUUAUAUUGAUGGACGGCCAGUUUUGUCUGGAAACAAGUGGAAACUCAACAACAACUCUGUGAUGGAGAUCGCAGGUCUUCGCUUCGUGUUCCUGAUCAAUCAGGAGUUGAUUUCUCUCAUUAAAGCUGAAGCUGCCAAGAUGAAUCAGCCGUGACGCAGCGCUUCCCGAGCCGUCGAACACCAUUCAGUCUGCUAGCGACACAUGAAGACCGGAGCCGGGCUGUCCUGUGUUAACCUCUGAGUAGAGUCACGUACAGCUGACCUUUCAGCACAAGGUCAUAGCAACGAGUGAGCCGGGAUCCGUAGGUCGGAGCAGAGGAAAACUAAAUUGGACAUUUCUAUGCCUUAUUUAAGGCACAUUUGGGCAGAAAGCUGUUUGUUUGAGAGCGUGCGUGAGUGUGAUUGUAGUUUUUUUUUGUAUAAAAGAAACCGUUUCUUUUUUGUUGACUUGUGCAUUUUUUUCUUUGUUUCUACUUCAAACCCAGUAACGUUGUAUUGUCUCAUCAAAGGCAGCAUGCUAAUAUUCUGCCGUGACAGAAAUAGUGUAAAUAUAUUCAUAAAGACCGAUUAAAAUGUUUUAACGAUGCGUCUUGGUAUAAGUA